CUGUCAAGCUUAUAGUUAAGCUAUACCUAUCUCAAGCUGGAAUCCUCAGGCCGGCCGGCGUAUCUUUCUCAGUUUUAAUGGAAGAAAAUUCACCUAACUAAUCAUAGAUAGAGAGAGAGAGGCAGAGGUCAUUGUCUCUACAGUCAACAACAAUGUCUUUUUCUAACCCAACAUUUCAGAGACUUAGUCAUAACAUCAGUUUAUAAGAGGCCUUGUUCAUGAUCAUUUUCAUGGGAAGCAAUAUAUAUAGAGUCUCAUAGCUUUGCAGUCCAUAUAUUGCUGAUAGUUUUGAAUACAUGAACAAAGUGUACAAAAGCAUGCGUAAAAUCUGCUUCAUGAUCGGUUAGUUUUUGAUUCGUUUUUUGAGCGAAAAUGAUGUAUGAUUCGAUACUUGCUAGAAGCUUUAGCAGACAUGAGCAGAAGAAGUUGGGUUAUGGAGCAUUGGUUGCUUGUUUUCUUCUGGCAUUGAGCAUAUGCACUGUGUUUAAGCCUUAUUUAGGCCCCAAUAUUCCAAUGAUGAAUUUACGUUUGUCGAUGGAUACAAUCAGUCCUCGGCACAUGGUUGGUCACAUAAGGCAGUGGAUCAAUUAUCCAAACAGUCAGAACAUGAAUUUGGUCAUUGAAACAAACAGUUCUCAAGAGAUUGGAGAUGACAAAUUGGUAUUAGUAAAUGAAGCAAUCACGCGUGAAGGGAUUGAAGGCGACAGAAUGCAAUCAGGGAAUGAAACAAGCAGGUCUCAGAAGGUUGAAGGUGAGAAAAUGAUAUCAGUGAAUGAAACUGCAAGCCGGUCUCAGAGGAUUGAAGAUGGGAAAAUGCUGUCAGGGAAUGAAAGUACCCGCAGGUCUAAGGAGGUUGAAGGUCAAGAAAUGGUAGAAGCAAAUGACACUAGCAGGUCUAGAGAGAUUGAAGGUGAUGAACUGUUGUCGGUCAAUGGCGCUGAGAGCUCACAGGAAAUAGUUCAGGAAAAUGCAGCACAAAUGAUGGAGCCAGUGUGCAAUUUUACGGAACCCAGAACAGAUUUUUGCGAGAUCAAUGGAGAUAUCAGGGUUGAUGCAAAGUCUUCAACAGUUUUCUUUGCUUCAUCUCAAACAGGCAUCUUGGCAAAAAACAGUACUUCAUGGAAUAUCAGACCAUACGCUCGAAAAACAGACAAAACAGCGAUGAAUAUUGUUCGAAAAUGGUCAAUUAAACCAGCUUACAAAGAAAUCCCCCAAUGCUCUCAACAUCACAAUGUUCCUGCCAUUCUUUUCUCCAUUGGAGGAUAUGCAGGAAACCAUUUUCAUGCCUUCACUGAUGUCAUUAUUCCAUUGUUUUUGACUUCUCAACAGUUCAAUGGAGAAGUAAAAUUUCUUAUCAGCAACAGUUAUCCUUCCUGGACUACCAAGUUCCAGUCAAUACUUGAAGGGCUAUCGCGGUACAAGUUAAUCAACAUCGACAAAGAAGAGGAAAUCCAUUGCUUUCCGAGCUUGAUCUUAGGCCUUAAAAGUCACAAGGAAAUGGGGAUUGAUUCUUCAAGAUCUCCGCAUACCAUGAAACACUUCAGGCAGUUUUUAAGAAGCUCAUAUUCCUUAAAGAAAGCUACUGCCAUCAAAAUGAGAGAUGCUGAUAAAAGAAAGCCCCGGCUUCUGAUCAUUUCAAGAAGAAGAACUCGAGCGUUUACAAAUUCAGGUGAGAUUGCCAGAAUGGCUAAGAGAUUGGGAUACAAAGUGCUUGUUGCAGAACCAGAUGCAAACAUCACAAGAGUUGCGCAAGUCGUGAACUCUUGCGACGUAUUGUUGGGUGUUCAUGGAGCUGGUCUUACUAACAUGGUCUUCCUUCCUGAGAAUGCAAUAUUGAUCCAAAUCCUCCCAAUCGGGCGAUUCAACUGGCUGGCAAGAACUGACUUUGGAUGGCCUGCAAAGGAUAUGAACAUAAGGUACUUAGAUUAUGAGAUACAGCAACAAGAAAGCACUUUGAUCCAACAAUACCCACUUGAUCAUGCUGUCUUCAGAGACCCUUCUGUAAUUGGUAAAAAGGGGUGGAAUGCAUGGAAGUCAGUGUACUUGGAGCAACAAAAUGUAAAGCUUGAUGUCAAUAGGUUUAGACCAACUUUGUUAAAAGCCCUUGAGCUUCUGCAUCAGUAGAUUUUUUUUGUUUCUUUCUAUAGGAGGAUAUAUACCUAUUCAUGAUACACUCUUCCCUACACAAAUCAUUCAGUUUAUCUUUUUGUUUGCCAUCAGUGCAAGCAAAUGACCCAAUUUGAGCCUUGCCGGGCAAUUAUUUGUUAAGCUGAAAAGAUAAAGCCAGUUUGCAUUGCACCAAUAUCAGAUUUUUUUCCCAAGAAUAAUGGAGAUGUCAGGAUUGAUUGAAAAUCCUCCAUUGUUUUCAUUACUUCAUCUCAAACAGGCCUAUAUGACAAGCCGUGGAGUAUCAGACCGUAUGCUCGAAAGGAAGAUAAGACGGCGGUGAGGAAGAUGACAGAAUGGUUAGUGAAGUUCAUAAAGAUUAAAGAGUCACCAAGAAAUCCCUCAGUGCUCUCAAAAUCACAGUGUUUCCAGCUCUCAUUUUCUGGAUUUCAAAGCUUCAAGCAAUACUAAUGGGAUAGUUUCAAUACGAAUUUAUCGACAUUGACAGAGAAAAGGGAGA